CCCCCCAACAAACCCGGCGCGUGGCACGCCGGGAGAGAACCCGGAUGAGGGGGGCUAGUGUAGUGCGCGAGGCACGACGGGAACGGCGAAACCCGGAUAAAGGGAUCGCGGCACCGGUUCGAGAACCCUCGGCGGCGGCGGCGGCGGCGCGCGGGUCACGCCGGGAGGAGAACCCGGAUGUAAAGUCCAAGAUGAAGGCAGUGCGGUUCUUGCACUACCGGGUGGGGCCCCCGGGCGCUGCGCACGCGCGCCAGGGCACAGCCCCGCCCCUUGCUCGGAAGUACGUGGGCAAAAUCGCCGCCGCCGCCACAACAAUUGCAAACACCAACCAAUUGAGCAGCUGCGUGGGUCCUCGACGACGCCCACGGGCCAAUCACAGGCGAGUGCUCGCCCUCCGGUGCCCUCCGGCUCAAAUUUCAGUCAAAGUCGACACCCUGGUUCCCAGCCUUUCUCCCCGUCGGUCCCGUCUUGCUCUUCACUUUUCUCCCCAAGCUCUGAUUCGCAGGCGUCGGUACUGCGGACGGACAGCGUGGCCUGUCCCACGUACGACAGGAAAAACACCUCCCCUCCAGGCUUCCAACUUGAACGCUGUCAGCCGGAAUGACUGGAAAACAUCAACACUCCCGGAGCAUAGCAUCCCCCCUGUAGCGUCACUUCCGGUCCCACCCACCUACAAAUACCCUUCCGGGGGAGGCGGACACCGCUUCACCCCGGCAACAGCCUGAGUUCUGCGGUGAUUGGUUAAGAUACGCCGUCAUUCGCGUCAUACCGACCAACCUUGGGACAGACAGGCACCGUGGGGACAGUGGUUGUUUGGGAAACAGACACGCCUUCUCUGGCACCACAGCACUUUCGGCCUCGCGUUGACCUCCUCGCCCCUAUGGCUAGUGCG